GCUCCUUUAACUCAGUGUUAGGGCGGGGCGCGUUUCCGCGCCUUUCUUUCUCCCUAGGAGCGAUUGGCUCUAGUAGAACCCGAGGGCGGGACGAGUUACCUCGGGGUUCGGUGCCGCAGCUGACGCCGCCGCUGGAACUGAGAGAUGCGGUCUCGGCGUUGCUACGCGGAAGGUUCCUGAGACGCGCCGGGAAGAGGGGGAGUCUCAGAGGCCUGAUCAUGCUGUUACCGUCCGACGUUGCCCGACUAGUCUUGGGCUAUUUACAACAAGAAAACCUUAUCUCUACCUGCCAAACUUUCAUUUUAGAAAGUUCAAAUUUAAAGGAAUAUGCAGAACAUUGUACAGAUGAAGGUUUUAUUCCAGCCUGCUUACUGUCUUUAUUUGGAAAAAAUUUAACUACAAUUUUGAAUGAAUACGUAGCUAUGAAAGCAAAAGAAACAACAAAUGAUGUCCCAGCAAUGAUGUCAUCUCUAUGGAAGAAAUUAGAUCAUACCCUUUCUCAGAUCAGGAGCAUGCAGAGUUCCCCAGGGUUUGCUGCUAAUCAAAGAGCACGUACAAGAAGUGGAAUUGCAGAGAUAAAACGACAAAGAAAGCUUGCAUCUCAGGUAGUUCCCAUCACUUCGGAACUCUCAUCUCUACCUUAUCAGACGGGACAGUAUACGUCUGCUCCUUUGGCAGCCACACAAGUCAUCAGACCAAUGACAACCCAAAAUACAACCCAAUUUAGAACAAAUUCUGCUUUUGUUCCACAGCCUCCUGACAGCAUUACCACUACAGAUUCUUUACAUAUAGUAGUUCCUGUUCCUCAAGAACGGAAAAUUCAUUCUAGCUUAAUGUCUCCUGGAAGACGAAAAAGUGAAUCUCAAAGGAAAAACAUCACAUUUUCUGGACCUCAGACCACAAUUCGAAAUUUUCAGGAUCCAAAUGCAUUUACAGUAGAAAAACAAAUGGUUAUUGAAAAUGCCAGAGAAAAAAUACUAAGCAACAAAUCUCUACAAGAGAAACUUGCAGAAAAUAUUAACAAAUUCUUGAUUAGUGACAGUAACAUUGCUCAAGUACCGAAGCAAGCAGAUAGCAAUCCUACUGAACAAGAGACUUCAAUUGAUGAUAUCCUGGGACUUCAGAGUGAAAUCCACAUGUCUGAAGAAGCUAUACAGGAUAUCUUGGAGCAAACAGAAUCAGACCCAGCAUUUCAGGCCCUUUUUGACCUAUUUGAUUAUGGUAAAGCAAAGAAUAGUAAGAAUGUAUCACAAGACAUUUCUGGUCAGCAUUUGGAAGCCAAUCAGAAUGUCCUAGUAGAAGAAACUAAUUUAGCAGUUGGAAACACUUUUGGAAAUGAAGAAUCCAAUGAUCACUCAGUAGAGCCUGCAUUUUGUACUGACUAUCAAACUGAAGAAGCAUCAUGUGCCUUGAAGGAUGGCAAUGGUGAUGAUCAUCUUAAGAAACAAGAAACUCAAGAACAGUGUGCCCCAAUGGAAUCUACCCUACAGAAAGAAACAUUUAAAGCACCCUCAUGUGUUGUUCCUGAACAAAGGUGUAAUCUUGAAAUCACCUUUGAAUCUGUGCCUAAUCUGAAUGACUUUAACCAAAGAGGAAAUUCUGAUCCUGAAUGCACUGAGCAGUGUACAGAAAUGUACACAGAUCAGCUGUCUAAUGAAAAUGAAAUUACUAUGGAAAUUGAAAAAGACUCUUCAUUGUCUAAUAUCCCAAACACACCUGAUCAGUCUGAUAUGCCUCUGGCUCCAUUUGCUUCCCUUGAUGGAGUAGCAGAAAACAACAUAAACUUAACAAACCAUGGAAAAAAUUCAAACCAUUUUUUACCAAGUAUUCAAUUAACUGGAAAAUCAUCUCAAAAUACCCAGUCUUGUGGAAGUCCCGGUGAUUCUUUAAAACUUAAAACUAUUUUUCAUAGCUCCAAGUCACCAGAUUGUAGUGAAAUUCAACAGAAUAAAAUUGAAACAAAUGAUAUUUUGCCCACUGCAUCACAUCAGCCUUCUGACUGCCAAAAUGAUUCUUCAGACCAAAGUAAGGUCUUACCUGUCUCUGUUCACAGUUCAAGUUUAAAUUUGUCUGAUCAACAUAAAAUAGAGGGCCCUCUUCAAGAAUCUGUCACUUCCAACAAACAAUCUAAUAGCCAAUCUUUUGUGAACCCACAUCAUUUAGAAAAUAAAGGUUUACCAUCAGAGUCUUCUAACUCAGAGGAAAUAGCAUUGGAAUCACAAGAGCCCUCAUCCUCUGUAAAAGAAGUUGGGAGUGCUGGUUUUAUGUCCCCUAGCAAAAGUGUUGAAUGUAGAGAAAUUGAAAUGAUGCCCACUGAGAGUAAUCCUACAGAAUAUAGUCAUUCUAUUCCUUCAGAAUCCCUAUGUUCUUCGGUGGAAGAGAUCAAUACUGAACCUCAAAGUACUAGUGAAUAUGAACAUUCUAGAGAUCCCUCAACAGAAGUAGAUCCAUCAAGUAUUGUAUCACUCAAAAUUAUCAUCAGUGAUGACCCAUUUGUCUCAACAGAUACAGAGCUAAACAAUGCUGUUUCCAGCAUCACUGGAGAAAAUUUGCCAACUGUGAUCUUAUCUUCUCCAGCAAAAUCACCGGUCAAAAAUUUAGGAUUAGUUAAAUGUUUGACUUCAGAAGAAACUUCAAAUACUGUUUUAUCUGCUGAAAAAGUAGGGGACUCAACCUUGGUAGAACAAAACCUUUUAGUGCUCAAAUCAAAAGACUCUGUAACAAACAACAUACAGAAUGAUGACUGCAGUGCCUUUUCAGCAGCUGUCACACCAAGUGUUUCUCAGGAUGGAGGAUUUAUACAGCUCAUGCCAGCAACAAGCACAACUUUUGGCAAUUCCAAUAAUAUCCUGAUAGCUACCUGUGUGACUGAUCCAACAGCCUUGGGAACAGCUGUAACUCAGUCUAAUGUUGUAGUGUUGCCUAACAAUUCUACACCCAUAGCUGCUCAGCCACCACCACCACAGCAGUUACAGACUCCCCCAAGAUCAAACAGUGUGUUUGCCGUGAACCAGGCAGUAUCACCUAACUUUUCACAAGGAUCUGCCAUUAUAAUUGCCUCUCCAGUUCAGCCUGUGCUCCAGGGAAUGGUGGGAAUGAUUCCUGUAUCAGUAGUAGGACAAAAUGGAAAUACUUUCCCAGCUCCUCCCAGACAGGUCCUGCAUAUGCCUUUAGCAGCACCUGUCUGCAGCAGAAGUGUUCCUAAACUCCCCAUUCCUCCAAAAUCUCAAAAGGUCCAGGGAACAAGGAACAAGCCUAGUACAGUUACAGGAAAAUUGACAACCAGCGUGGGGGAUUCAUUAAGCCAUUCAGUUGGUUUUCAUACCCACAGAACUCUAAUUCCUGAAAAGAAUCUGACUGCUGAACUUGGGAAGAAAUUAGAAGACACCACAGUUCCCCUUUCAACAGAGAGUACAGCCUCUACUGGCAAACCACAUGAAAGUCACAGGCGUGUGCUCUGUUUUGAUACUUCUCCUGGAGUCAACACCCAAGGGUCUAAUACCAAAACACUGACUCAAAACAAAGAAAGGAAUGAAAUUCCCUUUGUUGCCAUGGACCCUCCUACUGUCAAAAAAGAGAGAGAGAAACCUUCUGGGCCUAAGAUUUUAUCACAGUCAGAAACUGCCAGCAGUAGAAACACAGCUGCAAAAGAAAUCCAACCUGAAAAGAAGAAUUCACUGGCUGGACUACCUCUUGAUUCUUUUCAUAAAGCAACAGCUAAUAAGGAGAAUGAGCUGCAAAGGGAUGUAGAAAAGCAGAAGAAUCAGGAAGCCAACAAACUGUCAAACGGUCAUCAAAAUGGUCCUCUAUGGAAUGAGAAAACUGCUGUCUCCGUUCAAGAACUGUCCAAAAAACAGGGACCCUCUUCAAACAGUAAAAACACUGUUGCAAUAGGAACAGCUUCAAAGGAGCCAAAACGAGAACCGACUAAAUCUGCCAGCCCUCUAACCAAACACAGUAUGGAAAAAUUACAUGGCCCAACAAAUAGACUCCCCAGUAGUGGGGAUUUAUCUGUGCCUCGGACACUGGGAUCAGGAACUGGUGAGAAACAUAAAGAAGAACCCUGUGACAACAUCCAGGCUCCCACUAAUAGACGUUACAGUGAUGAGAAUGGCACUCCCAAAAGCAUGGUCCCUCCUGCCACUCCAGACUUACCAGCCUGUAGCCCUGCCAGUGAAACAGGGAGUGAAAAUAGUGUAAACAUGGCAGCCCAUACCUUAAUGAUUCUGUCACGGGCUGCUAUCUCAAGGACUACUUCAAAACCACUCAAAGAUAAUACCCAACAAUUUAGGUCUUCAAGGAGUGCCACAAAAAAAAGGAAGCUAGAAGAUUUAGAUGAGCGUGACCGAACUGCCCGUUCUUCCAAUAAAAAUCUUCCAAAUUCAACAGUUCCAGUAAAAAAGAAGAAAAUUAAGAAAAAGAAGCUACCUAAUUCGUUUCCUGCAGGAAUGGAUGUGGACAAGUUUUUGUUGUCUUUGCAUUAUGAUGAAUAAGACCUCUAAAUUAUUAAGAACGUUAGCAUUUUAAGACUGGUGCCCAUUUUACUAUGAGUAAGAAAAAAACAGAAUCUGAGAGCAUGAACUGCACUUUCAGUGCACUGAAGUUACACUUUAUAUAUAGCUGAAUCAUGCUGUUUCUAAAGCAGCUUGCUAGUUUGUAAAUAGAAUUGAGUUAGUAUAUUUUUAUUUUGGAAAAAGCACUUGCAGAAAUAUAAAGCCAUUAAUCUGCAAAACUGUACAGCUACAACAAUUACAUAUUGUAAAUACUAUGUGAAUUGUAUUGAAAUUGAAUUUCAAUUAACUAAAUUGUCUGACAGAUUUUUUUAAUUACUAGCCGAUUCCCAAUUCAACAGAAUAUUUGUCAUUUAGAAUAGUUUCAUUUAAUUCUUUGAAAAAAGUGAUUGUUUAUAGUCAAUCUAAAAGCAUUUCUAAGACUUGGCCAUUAAACGAAUUAAAGGUAAGGCCUUAUAAUAAGUUAAAGAGUUUGAUAGGAUUUUUUUUAAGUGUUUCUCUACCCUUCCUUUUUAUCACGGUAAAGGUUGUAUUCCUGAUUAUUUUUCUAGGUAAUUAAAAAAAACCAGGGGGAAACAAGAGCUUUAAAUAUCCCUUAUGGGUGUCAUUCUGGUCUAUUAUAAGUUAAGAGGAAGAAUUUUAUAAGAUAUUUAAUAAGUGUUUUGAUCUGUUGUGUGUAGGGAUUUUUACAAAACCUUAAAUGGUUAGACUAUUGAGCCAUAUAAAGUUUGCUUUUUUUGUAGUUGAAAUUUCCCAAACAUGUACAUAUCUCCCCCACCCCCCUUGCUCACAGAAAUACUGGGGCUUUUUAAAAAUUGCACUAAUUCAAAAAAGUCUUCAAUCUAGUGGCCAAAUCUCAUUUAUUUAAAUCUUAUAUCCAAUAUUGAGAACUUGUGUGUUGAGAUUUAUUUCCUAGCAUUUAUCUUAGAGAAUCACAUCCAUUUAGAUAUUUUCUAAGAUCUAUAGAUAAAAAAUAACUAUUGUACUACUAUUUUUUUUCUUUUUCCUUAAGCUGUUUCAGUGGUAGAUGUCUACGUACGUAGAUAUAUCCACGGGUCAUUUCAAUGAUGUUUUGUCUCCAUGCCUUCCUAGUUCUAGAGAGAGAGCAUUAGAGAGCUAUCUUCCUCAUUUGUAAUAUAACCUGUCAAGUUUAAGGGUCAAUUUAAGCCUUUACCUGAGAACAAAAUCUUAAUUAAGCAUUUAACCUACUGUGCCUGGAUAUGACUGAUGUAAAGUGCAUUCUCUAAAGUGCUUCCUAUUGUGCUUCUACUUAAACAUGUAGAUUCCCCCCCCCCCUCCCCCUUACAGGGUUGUCCAAUAUUGACAUUAAUGCAGCUUUCUCAACUAUGUUCUUUAUUGAGCCAUAAAAAUCCAUUCUCUAUCUGCUAACUACUUUCAGAGUUUUUUCACUGGCACUAAUUGCUUUGUCAUAUUCAACUUUACUUCAGACUUUUGUGUUGUAAAAAAAUUUGUUUGAUGUGGCAGUGGUAAUCUGAAGAUUCCUAAGGAACUAAUAAAUAUUAUGCAGUUAUUGUUUAUAUAAGCUCUACUUGAUACUGCAUUACCGUUAGGUUUAAAUAAAUAUUUUGGUUAACUUCAAAAA